UUAGCAACAAUAUCUGUACAUCUUUAAUGUGCCAUUUUUAGUAACAAUACAUCCGAAGAGAAAUUUAUCGUAAGUUCAAUUAGUAGAGCCACGCCGCCGGCCGCCCAUUCUUGCCAGCUCCUCGCACAUUUCUUUCUUCUUCCGCACAGCUAGCGUUGCCGCCGCCAAAAUCCCCUCGCCGCCGGCCACCGUCUCGCACAGCGAGCAGCAAAAUCUAUCUCCGGCGCCCACGUUGUCCUCUUCUCUCCAGUGCGGUCGGGUUUCUCCGGAGGCGGCGUCGGCUGGUGCUCCGAGCUGCCGCUUCGCCGCGGCGCCGCCACAUCCAGUGGUCCUCUCCGACGACGAGCUCAGAAGCGCUACUGCGCUACCCGAUGUCUCCGUUCCCCUGUCGGCCAGAAGCCCAGAAGCUCUCAGCCUCAACGCGGCCCAGUAGGGAGUCUUCGGCCCAACAACCUAACGGGGCUCCUCCUUCCUGAAAUGCUCUAUUUACAAAAGGGCCCCCAAGGUCGCAGCCCAAGCCCAACAGUAGCCCAGAAGAAGGCGAAUUCGAAGGUCAGAGCGAGACUCUUGUUCUUCGGAGGGCUUCCCUGCAAGUUUUCAGAGCGGCAAAGCCCUAGAACCUCCACCGCCUCGCCGCCGGCGGCUACCAUGUCGACCCCCUCCGGGAACGGCGGCAGCUCCUCCGCGUACUUCGACGUCUACGGCCGCAACGCCAAGCCUGAUGUCGUUUUUAAGGAGGCUGCUUUAAACUCUACGCUAAAUCUGCAGGAUGUUCAGGGUCUAGUCACUUGGGUUAUUGGUGAUGGCAUGCUUCCUUCUUGGGUGUUUGUUAAGAACAAGCCUCUUAUACCUAAAGUCAUCCUGCUAUAUGUUCCUGGCCUAGAUGCAGCUUUAUAUAUGUCACAGACGCGACUUCUUUCUUCUCUGAAAGAAUUAUGUGGCAAUCCAAAACCUGUCCUAGCUUCUAGCUGUAUACCGGAUGAGAGGCAUACCAUUGAUGCACUCCUAACCUGCAGAGUAAAGAGAAAGCGUGAUGUAAAAACAUCAAAUCAAUCAGCUAAACCGGACGGAGAAGGAAAAAUAUCAAGUCUGGAUGAUCUUGGGGACAUACCGUUUCCUGUUACAUAUUACACACUUUCAGAGAAAGACUUAGAAGACAAUGGCUAUUCUUUCAAUUUAUCAGGUUUUGUCCCUACUGUUUCAGCUCCUUCAGGUUCUUCUCCACAUAAAAUUCUUGCACUUGACUGUGAAAUGUGCGUGACAGGAGCUGGAUUUGAACUUACAAGGGUGACAUUAGUUGAUAUUAAAGGGAUGGUAGUGCUAGACAAACUAGUUAAGCCUGCCAAUCAAAUCAUCGAUUACAAUACAAGGUUCAGUGGAAUAACUGCUGAGAUGUUGGCUGACGUGUCCACAACCCUACAGGAGAUUCAGGAAGAAUUUGUUGGACUUGUCCAUAAAGAAACCAUUCUUGUUGGGCAUUCUUUGGAAAAUGACCUUACGGCAUUACGGAUAUCCCAUGGUUUAAUCAUUGAUACAGCUGUUUUGUACAAGUAUAAUCGAGGUGCUCGCUGCAAGAUUGCUUUGCGUGUCUUGACAAAAAAAUUUCUGGGCCGGGAGAUCCAGAACACUGGAUCUGGGCAUGAUAGUGUGGAAGAUGCAAGAGCUGCUCUAGAACUUGCUAUAUUGAAAAUAAAAAAUGGUCCUGAUUUUGGCUCCCAACCAUCGUUGUCAAGGCGGAAGUUGACAUCCAUACUGCAUGAGAGUGGUAAAAAAUGCUCCCUUAUUGAUGACGUGUCUGUUCUUGAGAGAUAUUCAGAUACUUCUUGCAAUUCAAUUGCUGCUUUUUCGGAUGAUGAUGCACUCUCCAGAUCAAUGAAGGAGGUGAAGAAUGACAAAGUCAGCUUUGUUUGGACUCAGUUCUCAGGAUUGAUCUCCUACUUCCGCAGAAGAGUUCAAGAUCCGGAAAAAUUGAAAUCAUGUGUCGCAGAGGCCAUUGCAUUAAAAACAUGCGAUGGGAAAACUGCUUCAAAAAAAGCAAGACGUCAAAUUUGUCCUGAGUUAAAGGAAGUUUUGUGUGAAUUGGAUAAAAAGAUAAGGGAAUUAUAUGGUGCCCUACCUGAUAAUGCUAUGCUUAUUGUAUGCACUGGCCAUGGUGAUACACCUCUAGUACAAAGAUUGCGUAAAAUGCUUCACCAUGAAGAAAACACAAUAGAAAGCCGAGAAAAUAUUGUUCAAGCUUUGGGAGAUUUACAAGCCCAAGCAGAAGUUGCUCUAUGCUUCUGCUGUGUUAAACAUUGAAUGUAAGCAUCUUUCUGCCCUCCUUUCCCCACAUGUUUUUCUGGAAGCUUCACUGUUCUGAAUUGUUUCUGUUGAAAGGCAUCUUUGAAUUAGUGUACUUAUGGACAUGACUUCAGUGAUUGGAGAAGGGUGUCAGGCAUGCAUGCUGACUUGCUGACGUGGAAACUUCUUUAACAUAGAUUUGUGGAUUGGAUUUUGAAAGAUAUGCUCAUUCUGCCCUUUUUGUCAGGUUAGGAAUAGAAGCUGUAGAUUUCAGGGUAGAGCAUAGUGAUGUAGCAUUGGAACCAGAUCUAUUGGUGGCAAGCUAUUGAGCAUGUUAGUAUAUUGAUUCGCAUCCCUUUCGAAUUAAAUAUACGGAGGAAUGUAGGAAACUGUGUUGCAACAAUCAGAUUACUGUGAUAUCAAAUCAAGUUCUGCAAUUUAUAAUACUAUGAACCGUACGAUUUACAGUUGCGAAA